GGGAGGCUGGUUUAUUGUCUCUUCUGAGUGAGUGAGCCGUUGAGAUUUAUCUGUCCAUCAAGGGAUGGGUGCUCUGUGUCGGCAACGUCUGGUGUUUCGUUCAAAACCGUCACCACACACGACGGACAUGAGGGCAGUCAGGAAUGACUGAUUGCCUCAUGUCCGUCGUGUGCGAAGACGCAUUUGAACGAAACACCAGAGGUACAUGACAGACAGAAUGCAUCAUUGCAUGUCAGAGAUGAGGACAAGAAGGGAAAAAGACAGACACUCAGACAUUUGGACAUUUCCUCACGACAGACACGUACAGCAUAAGUAAAUCGACAACCAUACGCCCGGCGUAGGUAGGUAUCAUGAAGAAAAUGCGAUUGUAAAACCACAUACCAUCAAGUCACAUCGUCCGUUGCACGCACAUAUGACAUACAUAUGCAGUCCCAUCCAAAAUCGGUGGUCGACUGCCCAUCUCUCCCUCUCUCUCCCGUUGGCGGAAAGAGACACACACAGACACAGACACAGACACAGACACACACACAUCACAUGCAUAUCAACAUCACAUCCCACACACCACACGCAGAGUACCGAUACACGCCAUCGUCCGUGUCUAAUCUACUUGCCGUUGUGCAGCGGCUGCUUGUAGACGUCUUUGGUCGCGUUGUAAGCCGUCUUCUGCGGCAGAUUCCAAAGCUCGAUGAAACCAGGGGAGGCGUUCUGACACACACACCCCCACACCCACACACAGAGAUGUAUCGAUUGCAAUCCACACAGACACACCCAAGCCAUGAAGGAUCUGUCUGUCUGUGUGGCGCUGCCCACCUGGUUGAAUGAGGCGUCCUUGUUGAAGGUGGCCAGGUUGGCGUCGAACAGCGAGUUGGCAGACUCGAGAGCAACCACAGUGAUGGUGCCACGGUGCAGCUGCACCUUCACCUGACCGUCCACACACACACACCACACACACCACACACACCACAUCUCAGGCGACAAAGGAGUGUUCGCCAUUUCACGUCACGUGCUGACCUUUCCGGUGACUUUGAGGUUUUGUGAGUCGAUGUAGGCCCUGAGGUGCACCAUGGUGGGCUCGAACCACUUGGCGCCGUACGUGAGGUACGCCCACUUCUGGUCAACCAGCGACUUGAACUCGUUCUCCUCGCGAGUCGACACCUACAUAACAUGAUGUAUGUCAACACACACAAAAGAGCCCACAAGACCAUUAUUUCUGUGGGUGAGCUUGCCCGCUGUGUCACAUUACCAGCAUCUCGAGCUUUUUGUGGGCGGCUGGAUUGGAUAAAUGAGAGAGAAGGACAAGUUAAGUUGGUCUUUAAAGGGGUGGUGCUGGUGGUCUUGCUAUGUGUGUGUAGGUUAGUCAGGUUGCCCUACUUACCGAUGAGAAUGGCUGCAGCGGGGUUCUCGUAGAUGCCGCGCACCUUCAGACCUGCACGCAGCAGACGCACGGACUCACAGUCAUCCUUGCUUGCUGCCGUUGCUUCCUUUCAGGCUGCUAACCGACGAUUCGGUCUUCAAUGAGGUGAAAGAAGCCCACACCAUACUCGCCGCCGAUCUUGUUCAGCUGCACACACUCAGGCACACACACACAUGUGGGCUGGGCGUCUGGCCCUUUCCUCUCUGUCUUCCUACCUUCAUGAUGAGGUCGCACAGCCUCAUCUUGCCGCCGUCCAAAGCCGUCGGCACUCCCUGACACACACACACACACACACACACAGUGUGGUGGAUGACAGGCGCCAUGUGUAUGUGACUGUGGUCACCUCACCCUGUCGAAGUCGAUCUCGAGUAUCCUUGGCUGUGCUGGUGCCUGGUCGGGCAGCUUGCACCACAGCAAGAUGCGGUCCAGUGGAGGGAUCAGACACGGAUCCUCGAUCUCACCUAUACACACACACGCACACACACACACACACAGAUGAUGCACAUCACGUGUGUGUGUGUCAUGUGUGUGUGUGUGUCCCUACCUCCUUCAGCAGUGUUGGACCACAUGUUCUCAUCGUAUGAGUAUGGCGAGUCCUUCUUCUGCUUGACGGGGAUGCCGUGCUCCGCCGCAUACGCCAACUCCUCGUCACGACCCAUACCUGCACACAUCAUAUCCACCCAUGUGUGUGAGGUGAGAAGCACACCCACAGGUCGGUCGCCGUAUGUGUGUAUCUGUGGCUGCUGACCCCAUUCCCUGACGGGUGCAAUGGUCUUGAGCUUUGGAUUCAGAGUGGUCACGUAGCCCUCAAACCGAACCUGGUCGUUGCCCUUGCCCGUGCAACCAUGAGCUAUCACCUGAACACACACACACACACACGUCAGACAGGAGGGAACACACUCACCCAGCCCCACUACUGACCUGGCACUGAUACUUGUCAGCCAUUCGCACGGCGAUCUCCGAGAUGAUGACACGGCCGAGUGGGCAGCCGAGGGCAUAGCCGCCCUGGUAGUCGGCGUUGGCCUUGACGGCCUCGGACAGCAGCCUGUCGGCGAACUCCUCCUUGGCAUCAUACACCACCGCAUCCACCGCCCCCAAAGUGAGGGCCUUCUGGCGGAUCUCAUCCAGGUUGUCCGCCACCUGCACACACACAGAUGGAUGGAUGGAUGUGUGUGGUUGCUCGACGUGUGUGAGCUGGUGUGGUGUCCGCGCCUGUCCAAUGUCGAUGGUGAGCGCGACGACUUGGCAUUCGUAUUGCUCCUGGAUCCAUUUGAGCAUCACUGACGUGUCCAAACCACCUGAACACACCACACACACACUCGCGAGAGCCAUCAGUGCACUGCACAGCCAUGAUGAUACACAGAUAUCUCCCAUCCCCAGCGCAGAUCUGCCAGCCAGCAGCACGGCGCCCUGUGCACACCGUCGCCCUCCAUCACCCACCUGAGUAGAGCAGCAGGCAUCUGGAGAACUCGCCCUUCUUGGCCUCGUGAGAGCCGAUCUUGAAAUACGCCUCCGCAUCCAUGACUGAUCCGUUGAACCAACCGCAAUGCACCUCGUCUGAG